UUCUCGCUCUUCUCUCUCCCUUCCACCGACAACUUUCUUCUCCUCUCCCUCUUACGCUUCCUUUUGUUGCGCCCCAAAAGUGAGAUUAAGUUAUAGAACCCUCUCUGUUUAUUUUCACUUUGUUGCUCCCCAAAAGACAAAUUCUUUACGAUUCCAACUCCCUCAUCCACGCCUCUCCUUGCUUCCUCUCUCUCUCUCUCUCUGUGGUCCAUCUUCCCCCAACUUUCAUAUAUAUUACUGAUACAUUUUCUGGUUUCAUUUGUGGGAGAAGAGACAAAGUUAGACCCCUUUGUCUCUAGCCAAAUCAUGGAUUGGCAUAGCAACUUAAGAACCUUCGUCUCUCGUCCAGACAAUUCCUUUAACUUCCUCUAUGACUAUAGAUAUGAUCAGUUUAAUAAUCAAGGAAUUGAUGUGAAGCAGCACCCAGCAAUGGCGGAGACACCACAAGUGAUGGUCCCUGCAGCUAUGGACAAGCUCAGCUUUGGGAUUCAUGACAAGAAGAAGAGAUUGACGAGUGAUCAGUUGGACUCACUGGAGAGAAGCUUUCAAGAGGAGAUUAAGUUGGACCCUGAUAGGAAAAUGAAGCUGUCUCGUGAGUUAGGGCUGCAACCUAGACAGAUUGCUGUUUGGUUCCAAAAUAGACGAGCUAGGUGGAAAGCUAAGCAGCUUGAACGCUUAUAUGAUGCACUUAAACAAGAGUUUGAUGUUGUUUCUGUAGAAAAACAGAAGCUUCAAGAAGAGGUUAUGAAACUGAAAGCUAUCCUGCGGGAGCAAGCCACCAGGAAGCAAGUGUCAACGGGCUACACAGAGAUUUCCGGUGAAGAGACUGUGGAAAGCACACCGGUAGCAAUUCGGAGCUCUAAUGGGAAGCUUGCAGAGUGCAACUAUGUUGAUGAAUAUAACCCAGUAACAUCACCAUACUGGGCUGUGCUUCCAUCUUAUCCUUAAUUAAUAGGAUUAUAAUUGUUGUUUAUACUGCUUAAUUAUUAAUUAUUAUGGUAGAGUAAUUAAUUAGAUUAGCGUAGCUAGUGUCUGCCUUCAUAGUAUUAUUAGGUGAUGAACAAUGAAGAUGCAUGUCUCCUGAUGUUGAGUUACGUAUUAGAAUGUAAUAAUAAUUGGAAGGAACCUGCCUUAAUAUAUUCAAGUUUCAAAUCCCAUCUUCCAAUAUAGAAGGAAAAUCCAUGGUUUGUACAUGGUUUGGGUGAGGCUAGUGGCCCAAUCCCUGGUCGUGCUUUUGAAAGACUUGAGCAAAUAUAUUGAUGCAUGGGGAAUUCAGGAG